AAUUAUUCAACUUUAGAAACACUUCAGAAUCAAUCGUAUCAAGGUUACCGUCAUAUCAUCCGUCUGGUAAUAUCAACAACAACAACCACGGCAAUAACUGGUAGUGAUGACGUUUUAAUCAAAGCUCAAAAUGAAUUAAAUUCAUUAAUCGAAAACAAUAACAAGAAGAAAUAA